GAGUUUCUCUUUCCUUCGUUUUGGCCCCUUUUUGAGGCGAGGAAAUUCGGUUCGCGUUGAGCCGUCUUCUCCUUCGGACCCUUCUCUCUUCCACUGCCAUCUCCACUUCCGGCGAUCAUUUGAUGCGAUUCUCUGAAGUUCGGCCUCGCAUUCUUCCCCAGUUCCAAGCUUUUCUCUUCGAAUUCUGAUCAGCUUUGGAGCAUUGUUGGAGCUGAAUUCCUUGAAUUUUCUCCGCUCCAAUCUCGUUUCCGAUUCGAAUCGUCGUCUCAACUUCGUGCGCGAGCCUUCAAGACAUUGAUUUUGUCUACCCCCAUGUCGUUGUUUGACGAUAUGGAGCUGGGUUUGGCCACGCCAGCUAUGUCGGACGAAGAGAUUCUAGAAGCUGACCUCAUUACUACGCAGGACACUGCUAAUUUUGAGGGUGAGAGAUGUGGUCUAUGCAUGGAUCUUAUCAUCGACAGAGGGGUCUUAGACUGCUGCCAGCACUGGUUCUGCUUUACAUGUAUUGAUAAUUGGGCUACCAUCACCAAUCUUUGUCCACUUUGUCAAAGUGAAUUUCAGUUGAUCACUUGUGUUCCUGUAUAUGAUACUGUUGGAAGCAACAAAUUUGAAGAGGAGCAAGGCUCAAGGGAAGACGAUUGGUGCGUUGAAGGAAAGAAUAAUACUCUGUCUUUUCCAUCAUACUACAUUGAUGAAAAUGCAGUUGUCUGCUUGGAUGGAGAUGACUGCAAAGUUCGCAGUGGAUCAGCAAGUGCUGAGGGUGAUUCUUAUCUCGAUACAUCGAUUGCUUGCGAUUCGUGUGACAUAUGGUAUCAUGCUUCCUGUGUAGGAUUUGAUCCCGAGGGCACAUCAGAGAAUACAUGGUUAUGCCCCAGAUGCGUGGCUCAUCAAAUGCAGAAUGAUCUUAGUUUAGCUUCAUUACAAGAGUCUGGCAACAUUUGGUGCCCCGGAAAUGUGGGUCGUGACUAUAUGGUAGACGAUGCCUUGUGUGGGAAAGUGUCUGUAGCUGUUGCUGAUGCUGGAGAGACAGCUAUAGUUGUUUCCAUGGUUCAGAGAGAUCUGCAGAUUGAAAUGCCAAAUGAGAAUCCAUUGAAUGUUGAAGUUGAUGAGGCCAUAAGAAGGGAAAGCAUGGCAUUAGUUGCUGAUGCCAAUAUCAGAAAGGUGGAAACUGAAACAGUGGAAAAUAGAGCUACUGAUCCCGAACCAGCGACACAAAAUGUGGUCCUGUCCUUAUCACAGGAUACCUGCUCUGUUAUACCACCCGCUUCCUGUGCUUUCAGUGAAUUGAAGCCUAACAAUGAUGAGAAUGCAGCUAAUGAACUGAGUACUAGUGGCUGUCAAGAUGUUAUUGGCAAGUUGUUUAGCAAAUCCAACCUUGGAAUGAAGACAUCUGAAUGGCAAAACACUGAUGGGACAAAGAUUGAAACAGAUGAUGCAACUAAUAAUCAAACUGGUCAAGAUUUUUCCCAGACGACUGUUAUGGAAGAUUCUACCUUAGAUGCAAAUAAUACUGCACCUGAUGCUGAAAAAGUUCCUGCAAUACAGACUUGUGCAAAGAGAAAGCAUACGAGUUCCCGUGUUGCCAUGCAUGUGAUUGGUGAUACUGCAGUACCCAAAGCAGAGAUAAAGACUGAAGUUGUCCCAAAGAAAAGGAGGUUGGAAGAGAAUGUUGAAGUUGAUUGCUUCGAGGACCAGACUGACACAUUAGUUUCUGAUGAUACCAAAAAAAGCACCAUCCUUGCGGAUGUAGCGGAUAAAUUCAGUAACAAUCAAGAAACACCUCCAGAUAUAAUGAAUAUAGUUAAGGGAACGGGACGAAAGUCCUCUGCCACUGAUAAAACUUCAGCAAGAGGAGAAAAUGCAGGUGGUUUGCGGAUCAAGAAGAUCAUGAGGACAGCUGGUAAGGACGAGGAAAAAUCAAUCUUGGUCCAGAAACUAAGAAAAGAAAUAAGAGAAGCUGUUCAAAAUAAAUCCUCAAAAGAUCUUGAGGAAAAUCUUGUUGAUGCUAAACUUCUUGCUGCCUUUAGAGCCGUGAUUGCCGGCCCUAGAGUUGAACCUGUUGAAAAAUUAACACCUUUGGCUGUCAAGGCAAAGAAGUCACUGUUGCAGAAGGGAAAAGUACGCGAAAGUUUGACAAAGAAAAUAUAUGGAUCAUCUAAUGGGAGAAGAAAACGUGCAUGGGACCGUGAUUGUGAGGUCGAAUUUUGGAAGUAUCGUUGCAUGAGAGCAACUAAGCCUGAGAAGAUUGAGACCCUGAAGUCAGUCCUUGGUCUCCUUAGAGGGAAUUCAACAAAUUUGGAGAUCAUGCAGGAGCCUGAUCAGCCCUCUUCAGAUUCUAUCCUUUCUAGGUUGUAUUUAGCAGAUACUUCUGUGUUACCUCGAAAGGAUGACAUAAAGCCUCUCUCUUAUCUUGAAGUCGAUUCUGAGCAGAAAAAGGAGCAAAUUAUCCCUGGGGGGAGGAGUGUGGAUCAUGGUAUUAAAGGGCCAAGCUCAAAACACAAUGCUCCAGUUUCCAAAGUACCUGCUAGACGCCCAGAAGGAUCAUCAGUUUCCCAUUUGAAUAGUUCAAAUUGUGGUAAAGGGAAGGACAUGGUUAGUAAAUCAGAUGAUUUGAAGAGGGAUAAAAGAAAGUGGGCCCUGGAGAUUCUUGCUAGGAAAACUGCUUCUGCUGGUACAGGUGCUACUUCUGAUGAACAUGAAGACAACGCCAUUCUUAAAGGAAAUUUCCCACUGUUGGCUCAACUACCAAAAGACAUGAGACCAGUCUUGGCUUCUACUCGCCAUAACAAAGUUCCUAAAUCAGUAAGACAGAAACAGUUGUAUCGUUUGACCGAGCACUUCUUGAGAAAUGCAAAUUUGCAAACAUUAUGUAGAACUGCAGAGACGGAGUUGGCUGUUGCAGAUGCCAUCAAUAUUGAAAGGGAAGUCGCAGAUCGGUCAAACAGUAAGCUUGUGUAUAUAAAUCUAUGUUCUCAGGAGAUAAUGCACUGUGCAGAAAAUAGCAAGUCCUCUGGAGCAAUUGAACCCACUUCCCUGUCUCCUUUAGCUGUUCCUACUGAAAAACCAGAGCAAGGCACGGAAGAAUACUCCGACCCAGAGGUUGAAGUAGCAUUAAGAGCUGCUGGUCUUCUAUCGGAUUCUCCUCCAAAUACUCCAAGUCUUACUAUUGGAGUCCUGGGUGAGGAAAAGGUUCCCUCUGCAGAAGCUGGAGAAGAAGUGCAUGAUAAUAUUACCCAAGCGGGUUGUGAUUCUGAGACAGACAUUUAUGGCGAGUUUGAGAAUAACCUGGGGGAUAAAGAUGAUUUUGGCAAUGGUCCAGUGAAAGUCCCUGAGCAACCAGAAGAAGAAGAAGGUUUAUCUAAGACGGAAGGGGUUUUUUUGUCUUCAAAUUCUGAAAAUUUGGAUCAUGCUCUCGAUUCCAAACCUUCUGAGGUUUCCUUGUCUGAAUGUUGUGAAUGUGCGAGCAUCAGAACAUCUCCUGAGGAGGAUGUGGGCAAUGAACCUAGUGAUUCUCAUAAAUUUUCAUGUGGUCAUGUCGGGGAGCUGCCUUCAGUACGAGAAUGUGAAGAAUUAUAUGGUCCAGAUAAAGAACCCUUAAUGAACAAACUUUCUGUAGGAGUAGGAGGGACAGAGUGUGACCUGACGGAUAAAGAAUCUCGAAAUGGAAUAGGAAUUCCUGGAGAUGUUAAGACUUGCGAGCCCAGCCGGGAGGUAGAACAAUCAGCUGGAGUCUUCACGCAUCACAAGUCUUCUGGUGGAAAAAAAUCUAGUAGUAAGCAAGAGGACAGGGAGAAUCGUGACAGAGAGCGGUCUGAUGAUACCGAAUCCAUAAAGAGAAAGGUGGAAGCAUACAUCAAGGAACACAUAAGGCCACUAUGCAAGAGCGGUGUGAUCUCAGUUGAACAGUAUCGUUGGGCGGUUGCAAAAUCUGUAGAGAAGGUUAUGAAAUACCAUCACAAAGCUAAAAAUGCCAACUUCCUCAUCAAAGAAGGCGAGAAAGUGAAGAGACUUGCGGAGCAAUAUGUUGAGGCAUCUCAACAGAGGGGAAAAACCGACCCAUUGUAGUAACCGCCUUCAUCUUCCUUGUCUUUUUACAAAGUCAAUUUCACUCAGAUAACCCAACUUAGAAAUUUUUUUCACGACCAUUCUCUCUAUCUUAGCAUGGUUCUCGUCCAGGGCAUUGUACAUAUAGACAACUGGAUGAUGUGUCAGAAGAGUCAAAUCCUUAUCAGUGAAGGCAGUUCUUCCAUUGUUGGAGGUCGGGCUGAAAAUGAGGAUGACCAAAUCUUACGCCUAUGAAACUGACUUUAUAUCA